UCAGUCUGUGUCGUGACUCCUGACCGCCAAUUACCCCGCGGACCCGCGCUUCCGAUUCUGACCCACGUGUGAAGUGCGCCCGUGAAAUUUCCGCCUUCUGCCGAUCGAUCGAGCGAUUAACUGGAUCUUGGUCAGACUCUCAACAUCGGGACAUGCAGCCAAUAUUAUUGACCCUGCUGGUCGUUGCGACCCUGUGGCAGGGCUGCUCCCUCGGAACCCCCCGAAAUGAGCUCGUUGAAGUCUUCAGUUGGAAAACCCUGGACUUCGCUUACCCGAGUGAACAGAGCCGGCAGCAAGCCAUCGCCGCGGGUGACUUCAUCCCCGGGAACAGCGUCCCCAUGGGGGUCGAGGUGUGGCAGGACAAGGUUUUCAUCUCCGUUCCUAGGCUGGGGAAGGGUGUCCCCUCGUCCCUCAACUACGUCAAAAUGAAUGACAUGUACAAAGCCCCGAAGUUGAUCCCGUACCCGAAUUGGGCGUCGCAGAACAUGAAGUCGAAGGAGCCGGGCCUCAAGAUCGUCUCGCCGUUCCGGAUGAGCGUGGACGCCUGCGACCGGCUCUGGAUGGUCGACCUGGGGAUCCUGGACAUCAAGACCUCCUUCACGAAGCUUUUCCAGCCGAGGAUCCUCGUCUUCGACCUCAAGACCGACCAGCUCGUCCUCGAGCGGGAGAUCGAGGCCAAGCUGCUGCCCUGCCGCACCUGGAUCGCCAACAUCAUCGUCGAUGUCGAGAGGGACAACUGCCAGGACGCCUGGGCCUACAUCCCGGAUCUCUGGGGCAAGGUCCUCAUCGUGUACAGCAUGCAGAAGAAUGACGCUUAUCAGGUGAACCACCAGUACUUCAACUCUGACCCACUGGCCGGCAACUACUUCAUCGGAGGCUUCAACUUCCGGUGGGACGACGGUAUCUUCGGGGUGGCGCUAUCGCCGCGCUCGGCGGAGACCGGCGAGAAGACGCUGUUCUUCCACGCGCUCUCCGCCUACACCGAGUACGCCGUCUCGACGCGCGUCCUCAAGAACGCCACCCUCGCCGCCGACUUUUACGGCUACAAGCUCCUCGGCUCCCGCGGCGGGGAAUUCAACCAGGCCGGCGCCCAGUCCAUGGACCCCCAAACGGGCGUCCUCUUCUACACGCUCCCCCACAAGAACGCCAUCGGCUGCUGGAACGCUUGCGAUAAAUCGCAGGAAUACUCUCCUCGUACUGCUGUUCAGGUCGUGCAGAACAACGUGACGCUUCUCUACCCCUCGGAUUUGAAAGUAGACAGGGCCAGUCGCGUUUGGGUCGUCUCGAACAAGCUGCCCGUCUUCAACAACGAUGCGCUGAACAACAACGAGGUCAACUUCAGGAUCUUAUACGGCGAGGCGAACAAAGUAAUAGAGGACACACCAUGUGACCCCAACUUCGUGGCGCCCCCGGUGUUCGACAAGGGACCCCAACACCAGCAUCAGCACCAGCACCAUCAAAGAAGACGCGCUCACCAACGAAGGGCACCACAGCCGGCGACGUCAGCCAUCAAAACUGUACCCAGACUCUGGCCCUGAGCAUGCAAAGCACAUAAAUAGCUCGUCGAACAAAUGACAUCACACGGUGUUGCACAUGCACAUUUCACGUGGACCAUGGUGCAAAAAUUAUUUUGGUGACCGGUGCACCUUACUUGGAUUAUUCAGUUGACCUGAUGGACGGUGAUGAUCGUAAGGAAUUCAUAACUUUUUGACAAAGAGCGUUAAACUCUUAAACUCGCACCUGUAAGAGGCUUAUCAGAUGUUUUAUUGCAUCCUAUUCAUGAGUGUAAAUAUAAUCUUAUUUAUUGAUUUUUCGUGAAUGCAGUGAAUAGAUGCGGAUUGCGGCCCGGCACGUCAAUUCUGUAAUUUUUUUUUUAAUAUUUUUGUUUGAAGUAUUUCUCACGAAAUUGAUUUUUACGGGUCACUGCCACUAGGAGUGCAUCUUUAAAUAUUUUUUCCGUGACUUUUUAUUAAAUUAAUUGGUAUGAUUAAUCGAUUAGCUCGUUUGGAGAUGCUCAAAAGUAGAUGUGCCAAGACAAAAUAUUCUCAAAUUAUUCAUUAAUGCUCACUAAAAUUUUGAAGGAGUCUUUAGAAAGUCUCGAAGAGUCGAAUAUUAGUACCAUAUAACAACUGAACGUUCAGUCCAGAUGAUUCACUGAAGUUAAUAUGAAUUUAGUUUUUUUUUUACCUCACUUUCUUCACGGUUGCUGUGGAAUAAUCACUAAAUAACCAGACAACAAAACAACGAAUGUAGUGACUUCUAAGAGGAUCUUUUUCUUAUCCAUUUUGCCAGCCUCUUUUUGUUCUAUUUUUAAUACUUUACAAUGACAAAACAUGGUGUGACCAAAAUAUCUAUAAUUUAUGAAUGCAUGAACCGGACAAGGAGUCACAACAACGAUUUUAGUCUUAAAAUUUAAAUUAAUGAGCAUGGAUACUUACAUUUAAGCUCCUAAGGAGCGUCUCAGAUUGUUUUUCUCCUUUCGCUAUAUGCGCAGAUUAAGGUUCCCGAUAUUGCGCAUACAUCGAAGGAGGUAAAGUAAUCUGAAACGGGCUCUAGUAUUUAGAUGACCAGCGCAUGCCCUUAAGAAUGUCACAAGAAAUAUCAUUGGACUUGAGUUGCAUCGUAACUCAUAAAACGUGUGUAAAUUUUUGACAAGUCUAGUACGCUCAUUAAAAUCUUAUUGAACUGAUGAAAAUAUUAAUGUUACGUAAUUUUAUUUUAGCUAAUGUGUUUUUGUCCAAUUUACAUCUUAUUGAGUAAGACUUUUUUACUGUUUUUAAGUUGACGUUAAAUUAAAUUGAAACGUACCAAUUUUAA